CUAACAUUUGGUGCUCUCAUUUUCGAUCUCAUUCUCCCAAAUUAGAUGGCCAUUCGAGUGUUUUACGGUGAGGAAGAUUCUUACUGGUGGGUGUUAUGUGUUGAAAGAGUUUUCAAAGAGCAAGCAACACCAGAAAAGGUGAAGCUGCUAGAAGCUGUGGCGAAAUUACACGGUCCUGCUCGUCAAUGGUGGGUUUGGAGGUCUCAACUUCAUCCACCAUCUUGUUGGGACACUUUUACUAGUGUGUUUCUCUGGCACUUUAAACCUGAAUGGCGAGAAAUUUUACCAAUUUCAGAUGAGGAAGAGGUAUUGGUUCAAGAGUUGUCAUUCUUGAUGGAACAAAAUGCUACACGAGAAAUUUUGUUGAAAGACAAAGAGGAGGAGUUAGAUCUGAAACCAACUAAACCCAUGACAGAAACUUCUGUUUUUGUUGAUUUCACUGAAGACAAAUCUACAUAUCCAACUCAUACUACUAUUGAGGAUAUGGAUUUAGGCAAAUCACAGAAUCUAUUCAAAUGGAAACCAAACCCACAAGUUAGGUCUAGUACACAUCAGAACCCUUUUUCUUCACCUCUUGUUGAAAUAACAAAUUUGGUAUCAGUAACAACUCAUUCUAACACUGAAGAUUUAUCAUCCUAACAAAAUUCUAGCGACUCCUGUCUUCGUUCUUUUGCUCUCUAACCAGGUCACAAAUUUACCGAGUUUGUCCGCAGACGACAUUGAGCCAUGCAAGUGGUGUCAAAUGCUCGACGAGUCUCUAGGCUCUUGCAAUGUCAUAUUUUCCUUUCGUCUCAUCUUCGAAACACCAAAGAACCAAUUCUCUCAGAGCUUGCACAAUGUAAUCAUCACCAAGUGAAAUCUGAACCAUUGAAUUUCUUCAUGUCAAAGGCUUUUUACAGUUCUGGAGUCAAUAAUGUUGAGGGGACUCCAACAGAUGCUGUGAAGGAUCUUUAUGAUAAGAUGCUUCAGUCUGUAAAUGUUAAACGAUCAAUGCCUCCAAAUGCUUGGUUAUGGUCAAUGAUUGCUAAUUGCAAACACCAUCACGAUAUUAGUCUUCUCUUUGACAUUUUGCAGAACCUCCGCAGAUUUAGGUUGUCAAACCUUCGCAUCCAUGACAAUUUUAACUGCAAUCUAUGUCGUGAAGUUACUAAAGCUUGUGUUCAUGCCGGAGCCCUUGAUUUUGGAAAGAAGGCUUUGUGGAAGCAUAAUAUCUAUGGGUUGGCACCGAGUGUUGCUUCUGCACACCAUUUACUGCUGUUUGCUAAGAACAACAAUGAUACUAAAUUAUUGGAGGAAGUAAUGAAACUUUUGAAGAGGAAUGAUUUACCAUUGCAACCGGGCACAGCAGAUAUAGUUUUCAGCAUUUGUUACAAUACAGAUGAAUGGGAGUUGAUUAAUAAGUAUGCAAAAAGGUUUGUCAUGGCUGGUGUAAAAUUACGUCAAACCUCAUUUGACACAUGGAUGAAAUUUGCCGCCAAAAGAGGAGACACCGAAUCAUUAUGGAAAAUAGAAAAGUUGCGAUCUGAUUCAUUGAAGCCACAUACGUUGGCAACUGGGUUUUCAUGUGCAAAGGGUCUUCUGUUGGAACGUAAGUCUAGUGACGCAGUUGCCAUCAUUCAAGUUCUAAAUCAGACUUUAUCUGAUGCCAAAAAAUCAGGCAUAAAGGAUGAAAUUCAGAAACUUGUAUCUGAGUGGCCUUCGGAAGUUCUUAAGCACAAGAACGAAGAGGAAAGAAAGACAUUAGCAUCCUCUUUGAAAUCUGAUAUUCUUGCAAUGGUUAAUGAUUUACUGGACAUGGGACUUGAGGUAAAUGUAAAUUUGGAAGACCUAACCAGAAGAGAAGGUGUUCCACAAUAGCAUGAGAUCAGAGUUUGAUGUCUUCCAAGUUUUGAAUAUGCUUGUUUGCGGAGUAUCUCUUUAUCAAGAUGAUUCAUAACCCUAGUAUACCAAGUCUCUGAUCAUAGCAAAUGUUGUUUACUAAAUGGAAAUUAAUUUAUUCUUUUGCUUUUUAGUCUUACUAACCCCAAGUGCUCAAGGUUUUUGUAGCAUAUUGGUGGCAUUUAGCAUGUUUUUCAAGAACUGAAAUCUAUAUUUCAGCAUGUUGGAACAAAAAUAAUCUGGCAUGUGCUUGCUUCUAUGAUGUGCAAGCAAUUCCUUUCUAUCAAUACAAGUGAAGAUACAUUCUUGGUUUCUUAA